CCCCGGGUGGCAGAAGCUUCUGAGGCUCCGCGCUGUCAGCCGCGGGGUAGAGUGGGCCGGGCGUGGCGAGGAAACAAGCCCCGCGAAGCGGGGUCCCUGCAGCCAUGGCCUGCUCCAUCGUCCAGUUCUGCUCUUUCCAGGACCUGCAGUCCGCGCGCGACUUUCUGUUUCCUCAGCUGCGGGAGGAGAACCCCGGCGCCCUGAAGAGGGACCCGAGUAAAUCACUGAACUGGGAAGAUGAUAAUUGGGGAGCAUGGGAUGAAACAGAAUCCCAAGAACCUGAAGAAGAAGGAAAUACUUCUAAAACACAAAAAAAUUCCUGGCUUCAAGAGUGUGUUUUAUCAUUAUCUCCAACCAGUGAUCUUAUGGUUAUAGCUCGGGAACAAAAGGCCGCAUUUCUAGUGCCAAAAUGGAAGCACAGUGAGAAAGGGAAGGAAGAAAUGCAGUUUGCUGUUGGUUGGAGUGGCUCCUUAAGUGUGGAAGAAGGGGAGUAUGUGACCAGUGCUCUGUGCAUCCCACUGGCAAGCCAAAAGAGGAGUUCCACUGGGCGCCCUGACUGGACCUGCAUUGUGGUGGGCUUUACGUCUGGUUAUGUGCGCUUCUACACUGAGAGUGGUGUGCUUUUGCUUGCACAACUUUUGAAUGAAGACAAAGUGCUUCAGCUUAAAUGCAGGACCUAUGAAAUCCCUCGGCACCCUGGAGUGACUGAGCAGAAUGAAGAACUGAGCAUCCUAUAUCCAGCUGCCAUUGUGACUAUUGAUGGGUUCAGUCUUUUUCAGUCUCUUCGUGCUUGUCGAAACCAGGUAGCAAAAGCUGCAGCAUCAGGCAAUGAGAAUAUACAGCCACCACCGUUAGCUUAUAAGAAAUGGGGUCUACAAGACAUUGCCACUAUUAUCGAUCAUGCUAGUAUUGGUAUUAUGACUCUGUCACCAUUUGAUCAAAUGAAGACUGCUUCCAACAUAGGUGGAUUCAAUGCAGCCAUUAAAAACAGUCCACCUGCCAUGUCUCAGUACAUCACUGUGGGGUCCAGUCCAUUCACUGGCUUCUUCUAUGCUCUCGAGGGAAGCACACAGCCGCUGUUAUCUCACGUGGCGCUCGCUGUUGCAAGUAAACUGACUUCUGCUCUCUUUAGUGCUGCCAGUGGUUGGCUUGGUUGGAAAAGCAAGCAUGAAGAAGAAACUGUCCAGAAGCAGAAGCCCAAGAUGGAGCCAGCCACCCCACUAGCUGUGAGAUUUGGACUUCCGGAUUCUAGACGGCAUGGAGAAAGCAUAUCCCUCUCUCCUUGUAAUACCCUGGCAGCAGUCACAGAUGAUUUUGGCAGAGUAAUCUUGUUAGAUGUAGCUCGAGGAAUUGCAGUACGGAUGUGGAAAGGGUAUCGGGAUGCACAGAUCGGUUGGAUUCAAAUUGUGGAGGACCUCCAUGAGCGAGUACCAGAAAAGGGGGAGUUCUCCCCCUUUGGAAAUACUCAAGGUCCCAGUCGAGUAGCUCAGUUCCUUGUGAUCUACGCACCACGAAGGGGGAUUUUGGAAGUGUGGAACACACAGCAAGGGCCUAGAGUAGGUGCUUUCAACGUGGGUAAGCAUUGCAGGUUGCUGUAUCCUGGCUACAAAAUAAUGGGCUUAAACAAUGUGACAAGUCAGAGUUGGCAGCCUCAGACUUACCAGAUCUGUCUUGUUGACCCGGUGUCAGCAAGUGUGAAAACGGUGAAUGUGCCUUUCCAUUUAGCACUGAGUGAUAAGAAGAGUGAAAGAGCCAAGGACCUACACUUAGUGAAGAAACUGGCAGCCUUGCUGAAAACAAAGUCCCACAGUCUUGAUUCAUUUGAAACGGAAAUAAAGGAGGUGAUUCUUGAUAUUAAGUACCCUGCAACCAAGAAACAAGCUCUGGAAAGCAUUUUGUCCAGUGAACGUAUAUCAUUUUCCUGCCUUAGAAACAUUACUCAGACUUUAAUGGACUCUUUAAAAAAUCAAGAGCUUGAGUCUGUUGAUGAAGGACUGCUGCAGUUUUGUGCCAGUAAAUUGAAAUUACUACAGCUUUAUGAGUCUGUCAGCCACUUGAACUCGCUUGAUUUUCACUCAGAUACGCCGUUCUCCGAUGAUGACUUGGCUGUGCUGCUAAGGCUGGACGAUAAGGAACUCCUGAAGCUCCGAGUCUUAUUGGAAAAGUACAAGCAAGAAAACACCAAGACCACGGUCUGGUUUUCCGAGGAUACAGAUGGAGUGCUGCCUGUUCAGACCUUCCUCGAAUAUCUGGACUAUGAGAAGGAUAUGCUCAGCAUAAAGAAGAUAAGUGAAGAGGAGUAUGUGGCUCUAGGCAGUUUCUUUUUUUGGAAGUGUUUGCAUGGAGAAAGCUCCACUGAGGAUAUGUGUCAAACCCUGGAGUCUGCUGGACUUAGCCCUCAGCAGUUACUGUCUCUGCUCCUAAGUGUCUGGCUUUCAAAGGAAAAAGAUAUUUUGGACAAACCACAGUCUGUCUGCUGUCUUCACACCAUGCUGUCCCUGCUGAGCAAGAUGAAAGUGGCCAUGGAGGAGACAUGGGAUUCUCAGUCUGUGUCCCCUUGGUGGCAGCAAAUGCGCACGGCCUGUAUCCAGUCAGAGAACAAUGGAGCUGCCCUGCUGUCUGCACACGUUGGGCAUUCUGUUGCUGCACAGAUGUCCAGCAGUGCUACAGAUAAGAAAUUCUCCCAGACGGUUUUGGGUGCUGAUGCAGAAGCCCUCACAGACUCCUGGGAAGCCCUUUCUCUUGACACCGAGUACUGGAAGCUGCUGCUGAGACAGCUGGAGGAUUGCCUCAUACUCCAGACUCUGCUGCACAGCAAGGCGAACCCUCCAGCUGCCAAAGUGUCAUCUCCACAGACAGAGCCACUUCCAAGGCUCUCUGUUAAAAAGUUGUUAGAAGGGGGAAAAGGUGGUGUUGCAGACAGUGUAGCCAAGUGGAUAUUUAAACAAGACCUCAGCCCUGAGCUGUUGAAAUGUGUCAACAAAGAAAGAGAUGUAGACAAUCCAGACGAACCUCGAGAAGGUAUUGCCCGAAGUCUCCUUGAAGUGUCAGAGGUGGAGAUAGACCUAGGAGCUGUACCAGACUUGCUCCGUCUAGCCUAUGAACAGUUCCCUUGUAGCCUUGAACUUGACGUGCUGCAUGCACAUUGCUGCUGGGAGUAUGUUGUUCAGUGGAAUAAAGAUCCAGAGGAAGCACGCUUUUUGGUUAGGUCCAUAGAACACUUGAAGCACAUCCUUAAUGCACAUGUUCAAAAUGGUAUUGCGCUGAUGAUGUGGAAUACGUUCUUGGUUAAAAGGUUUUCUGCUGCUACCUACUUAAUGGACAAGGUUGGAAAAUCUCCAAAGGAUAGGUUAUGCCGAAGGGAUGUGGGGAUGAGUGACACAGCAAUGACGUCCUUCCUUGGCUCCUGCCUGGAUCUUCUUCAGACAUCAUUGGAGGCUGACAUUAGUAGGGAUGAAAUGCAGGUACCAGUCCUGGACACGGAGGAUGCCUGGCUGUCCGUUGAAGGCCCCGUCUCCAUAGUGGAAUUGGCACUGGAGCAGAAGCCUAUUCACUACCCACUGGUAGAGCAUCAUUCCAUCUUGUGCUCCAUCCUCUACGCAUCCAUGCGCUUUUCUCUGAAGAGUGUGAAGCCUCUUGGUCUUUUUGAUAGCAAGGGAAAGAAUGCAUUUUUCAAGGAUUUAACUUCAAUUCAGUUGUUACCUAGUGAGGAAAUGGAUCCUAAUUUUAUUUCUGUAAGACAACAGUUCUUACUGAAAGUUGUCAGUGCAGCUGUCCAGGCUCAGCAUUCCAUCAGCAAGGACAAAGGUCCCUCUGAAGAAGCAGCAAGCAGUCAUUGGAAAGACCUCAACUGGCCAGAUCUGGCUGUGGAUUUAGCCCAUCACCUUCAAGUGAGCGAAGAUGUCAUUCGAAGGCAUUAUGUGGGAGAGUUGUACAAUUAUGGAGCUGACCUCUUAGGAGAGGAGGCCAUUCUGCAAGUUCAUGACAAAGAAGUUCUGGCAUCUCAGCUGCUGGUGUUAACAGGGCAAAGGCUGGCUCACGCGCUCUUCCAUACCCACACAAAAGAAGGCAUGGAGCUGCUGGCCAGACUCCCACCCACACUCUGCACCUGGCUGAAGGCAAUGAAUCCCCAGGAUCUUCAAAACACUGAUGUGCCAAUUGCAGCAACAGCUAAACUAGUGCAUAAAGUAAUGGAACUCCUGCCAGAAAAGCACGGGCAGUACAGCCUCGCCUUGCACCUCAUCGAAGCUGUAGAAGCCAUGGCUACUUUAUGACAGUAGUCUACAAUCCUGUAACACAGGAAUCACUGCAUGUCAUUUUACACAGUAAGACUGGGAACUUUCUGGAGGUUUUUUUUUUUUCUUUUAUAUAAUAAAUAUAUUACUUUAAAAAGUACAAUCCUGGCUAAAUUCCACUUCUUCAGUUGACACUGAAGAUAAAAUAUGAUCACACUAGCUACUCUGUAAUUAAUGCAGAUGCUCUUACUGUUUAUUUUUUCAGUCAAAUAAGCAGCAUUACUGUUAAACUUUGGUAUUGUAAUUGGUUAUAAUUUGCAGAUUUUGUUCUCACAGUAGUAUUCUAGUUCAUAUCCAAAUGACUCCUGUGGGGAUUAAGUGUGUUCACAUAGCUUACAUCAGCACGCUAGUGAUGCAGCCCAUGUCCCUUUAAAACACGCACUGAUGUCCUCAUGGUUGGUCCUGUACACCAGGAUGCUGCCUGGCAGGGAGCUCUUGGUGCUGCCCGCUUCCUGUCCAGGGUACUGCUGCUGCUGUCAUAGGAGAAAUGGCUUGAGAUCACCAAAGGGACCUGGGGAAGGACCCCGAGCCUGCUGUACUUGACAGAAUUGGGAAUCAGAGAUGUGAACAAUGCAGCAAAAGCAAUUAUAAUGUAAAUUAAGAUUUACUUUGUCAAGUUCCAAAAUUGUAUCCACAUCAGGUGAUUGUAAAAAUGUAUUAUCUUGUAAGACAUGUAAAAAAAAAAAAAGAAAAAAAAAGAACAAA